AUGCGUGAUCAAAAAUGUUCUGAAGCAUUAUGGUCGAAAUAUUCCGUAAUAAUACGUGAUGUAAUAAAGAUUAUCAUAUUUGUACUUGAUGAACUUUACGCAAUAGAUAAUGGUACAUCAUGUAUAAAACUUAUUAAAUGUUAUAUUAAAUUUAUUAAAAUGUAUAAAACAUCAAAAAAAGAAAAAUUUAAUGAAAGUGAAUUGAAAAGUUUUGAGUAUGAAAUAAUUGAUUGGACACAAGAUUUUGUAAAAUUGUUUAAAAACUUCUCUCCUAGCAAUCUUCAAUUACCAAAACUUCACAUGUGGCGGUAUCACACUAUUCAUACAAUCAAACGUUAUGGAUCACUUAAUGGGUUAGCUACUAAUACUUAUGAGACUUUACAUAAAAAUUGGGUUAAAAAUCCAUAUAGAAUGACCAAUAAAAAAAAUGUACUUGAUCAAAUAUUAAAAACAAUUCGCCGAUAA